AUGAAUCCGUUGUACGCGUUGAUUUGUUUCUUCGUGUUUGGUGCCGCAUAUCACCUUUCUAGUGAAACGAUUUUGACAGCCGUCGAAGGAGAAGAUGUGGAGCUGGAAUGCAAAGCACUUGACUGGGCUGUGACACCACCAGGCAAUGGUACAGUUGUCUCAUUCGAAUGGCUUGUAAAUAAAUCAGCCAUUGUCACAUGUACAUAUACAAAGACCAUUGCGGGGUAUACGCCUGUACUUAACAGGACAAGUGGGGCUUUGACAAUCCCGCAUGUUCCUCGGUCCUUGAAUGGCACAAAGUUCCAGUGUCAAGCGUUACACGGAGGAGGGAACAACAACUCUGUCAUACAACUCAUCGUGUUUAAUGGAAUCGGAAUUACUGAGACGACGUCCAUGUUCAACGGGAUAAUAGGAGGAGGUAUCGCCUUGGAAUGCUUUGUCAAAAGUGUUCAAUUCGGCUUUCCGAAUAUUAACUUCAAGUGGUUGCUUGGAAACAAAACCUUGCACGAUGUGUGCACAGAAGAGGGCAGCACUAAGAAAGGGAAGUAUGACUAUCACCAUGACAACCGAGGUUGUAACUUGACGAUUAACAGCCUCGACUUAACUGACGAGGGGUGCUACAGAUGCGAAGCUCAAUAUUCGACUACGACGGUGUGGAAAAAUUCAACCUUGACUGUUAAUGCGCCACCUAAAGAUGUGUACAUCAUCAACGCCACUACCGGCGAAGUUUAUAGCGGAGACGUGCUCAUCAGACCGGACACCGACCACAGCUUCACCUGCCUGGCCACAGACACCAAACCCCCGGCAGAAAUCACCUGCACAUUCGCUGGAAAGAACACAAGCGGAGAGACGAGGGUAGCUGGGACGAAAUUGCACAACACAAGCAGCACGUUCACCGUGCCGUCGUUUCAGCCUGGUCAGCGGGGGAAUCUGACAUGCACAGCAACUGGGGCGGGAAGGAAGGUGGUCACGAAUAUUCUGUUGCUCAGCCAACGUCAAGAAUCAGACCCCUCGAUGCAGAGUCAGAUGCCUUUGAUCUUCGUUGCAGUCGGUAUCGCGGCUGCACUUCUGCUUGUUCUUGUAGCGGCGAUUGUCUUCUGGAAACGCCGAAAGAAUAACGUUCCAUCCGAUGGAAACCAGCCUGUAGUUCACUACACACGGACUGGAACCGACAGGCCCACGGCGUCUGUGAGUCCUGUCUUGAACACAGUCGUAGGACCAUCAGAUGCGGGAAAUAUCUACGAAGAAAAUUCAUUCCUUCCGAGUGGCCAGUCGCCUCCGACUGCAACACCGCCCUCUAGCAGUGGCUUUCAAGCAACAAGGAACUUCCGACGCUACAAUCCCGGCAACAGGGCAUUGGGGACUGUUGUCCUUCCUGGUCCCCCAAUGGAGCAAAGCGAUAUGCCGACUUCCAGCAACCAACAACCAGCCGCCACCAUUUCUAAGGAAGUCCUCAUUUACGCAGACGUCCAUCACACCAAGACACACCCAUUGGACGUCCCGCCCAUCCGCACAGAGCCUCCCACCCAGUACGCAGACAUCAACAACUUCCUGAUAUUAACUCCUGUCGAGAUCCCGCCUCUUUUCAGAGACGACGCCCCCAGUUUGGGUGUAGAGGGGCAGAGUUUCGAUGGUUUGGAGGAAGAGGCCAAAGAAGAGAGAGCUCCGCCCCGCCCCGUUCGGGGUAACCCGAUCCCUUAUCUGGUACGGGAUUGGCAGAUGUAG